UAAAGGAGAUAAUUCGAAACUGAAGUGGUAGUAAUUAUGAAAGAAAGGGGAGAAAUUACAAUUGAGAAGUUCAUUUUAGGGGAAUACAGAGUAUAAUACUAAUGAAUUUACAAAAUUAAUGCUCUCCACCUAUUUUCGGAUCAUGAAACUAGAAUAAUAUUAUAUUGUGGCGGAUUUUGUUCGGAAUGAGGUGGGGGAUUGGGAUGACGAGGCGAAGAUUCGAGCGAGAUUCAAGGCCCUGAGCGGACAGAGGUCUGAUUGGUCGCCACUCUACAGUUUCUGGAGGGAUUUGAUUCUCAAGGUUGCUCGUCACCUUCACAUCUUCAUCAUCCGCCCUUCCCGCGUCAAGCGCCUCUGGUUCCGCCGAGCUGGCUUGUCCCCUUUGUGCCUCGAUCACGUCCUGCUUGAAAUGCAUCGCGCUGGAGACUUAUUGUCGCCCCACCCAACUUCCUCAACCGCCCGUCUCUCUCACAUUUUCCGCAGAGCGCUAGAUCUUUUUGGGGCGAGUAAUGACUAUAGUCUCCCUCCCGGAGAUUAUUAUAUUCUUGCACCACUCUUGGAGGAGCAAGCCCUUGAAGUAGUCAACAAAUUGUCGGAAAACUAUUGGACGACUUCUUGUGUCAUAACCAUGAGAAAGUUUCAGGAUGUAUGUCUAGGAUCGAGGGAAGCUCUUGCAAUUUUAGGUUACUUGUCAGCACACGACAGAGCAAGACGACUAAUUGUUAACCGAGCUGAUCCGAUAGAGGGAGUGAAAGUCUUUCUUGCUCCUGGAGCAGUUUCUAGUGACUCAAGUGUGGAUUACACUUUGCUGCACUUAACUUGGACUGCAGAAAAGCUUGAGCAGCAGCUUGAUGUGAUUGAUAAGUGCUACCAAAAGAAUUCAGCUUUAGCUUCUCUUAAAUCUGGAAACAAGCGAGUUGCCCUGAGAUAUGCAAAAGAACUAAAGAUGGCAUCUCAGAGUAGAGAAAGAUGCAUGGCACUAUUGGACCAGGUGGAGAAAGUACUUCAGGUUAUCGCAGAUACCGAGUCCUCUAAAAAGGUUUUGGAGGCCAUGCAAAGCAGCAAACAUGCUUUACUGGAAAACCAAAUCAGUCUUGAAGAAGUUGAGCUGUGCCUGCAGGAAGUUGAUGAUAACAUUGAUUCACUGAAACGACUAGAUGAUGCUUUAGGAUCAAAGGCAACAUAUACAGAGGUAGAUGAUGAAGAUAUAGAAGGUGAAUUAAGCAAACUACAGCUGGAAAUUAAAAGUGAAAUGAAUCAAGUUAUGGCAGAAACUGGGUUUGAUAGAUCUACUGGACCGUCAGAGUUUUCGGAAAGAACUUUGAGCAAUGGUCUUUCAAAUCUUAAUCUCAAGGAGGGGCUAGCCAUGGAAUCAGAGGCAGACUGUUGUCUAAGACCAGUUGGCAAUAAACGCAUGUCAAAAGAGGGCAGCCUUGAAGCUGCUUGACUUUAUAUUUCAUGGCUAACUCAGCUUCUUUUCUAGUGUUUUGUGUAUUUUGUUUUAUUUUUCUGGAAAUUGCUAACUACUGUGGAAUCUGUCAUAGGCAAGAAAUGCGAAUGAGCACUGUAACCUAGUAACAUUGUACACUCAAUUCCCUUGUGCAUAACAUACAUAAGCAUGCAUAGUGACUA